AUGAGGUGGCAACACCUGAUAUCGUGUAUAAGUUCAGUUAUUCUUGUAACACAUGCCACAUUAGAGUGUGAUCCAACAUCAAAUCUAAAAAAGCCUGAUCCAAACAAUCCUGAAUCAUAUCUAUAUUGUAAUCUAGAGGGUUCAUUUUCCAAGCGAAAAUGUGCGAGUGGCAAAAUUUUCAAUGCUGAAACCAAUGAAUGCGAUUCAUUAAUGCAAUCCGAUAGUCCAAUCGAUGAUAUUUUCUCGCAACCUUUCUAUCAAGCUCCAGACGAUUUAUGCGGUGCUGGAAUUCCAUUAACAAUUUUAUCUGCUCCAGUAACGUGUAAUCCAUCAAUCAGCAGUUGCCCAGAUGGUUAUACUUGUCAAUUCUAUGAGAGAACUGGAUCAAGUUAUUGUUGUCAAAAUCCAACACCAACCACAAAAUCAUCGACUGAUAAAAUUACUUGUGGCGAAGGACGUGUCACAUAUGUUGAGGUAUGUUUGUUUGCUCAUUUGAUUCCGGAAGAUCAUGUUUAUUUAUUUAUUUAUUUUCUCUAGAUGACCACCGGUAAACCUCGCUCAUGUGUACUUUCCAACGAUAAUUCUUGCCCAACUGGAUUUGGUUGUACUUUAGUCUCUGGAACAACAACAAGAUGUUGCGCCAAAGAUAUGGGAUGUCAAAUCAAUUCAGCGCCACAACUUCGAGGAUCAAAUGCUGUGGAAUGUUCACCAACUGAUGGAAGUGUUUGUCAUGAUGGAUAUGUUUGUAGUAAAUCGCAAUAUUUGAACAAAUUCAUUUGUUGCUCAAAUCCUGAUGGUGGAAACAUGGGAAAUUGUCCAGGUGGAGAGACUCCUCUUGAAAAUAUUCAGUGCAGUGCGACGAAACCGUGUCCAAAUGGAUUUACUUGUAAUGAUAAGAAAUGUUGUCCCUUUGCAAGUAAGUUUCAAAAAACAGAUUUUAUUCUCAGUUCUUGAAAAAUUCUGUAAUUUUCAGGUGUUUGCCCAGCUGGUAGCCCUCUUAAUAAUGGCCCAAUGAAAUGUAGUGAGAAUGUGCCGUGUCCAGAAGGUUAUUCGUGCGCAAGCAACGCUGGAAUUCAAUACUGUUGUCCAACCAAAGAAAAAGUUUGCUCACUUGGUAGAAAUACUGGAGUUCAAUGUGCAUCAACAAUGAAAUCUACCAAUCGAUAUUAUUUUGAUGUGAAUACAGCAACUUGUCGGUCUUUCAAGUUCACGUAAGUUUGAAAUUUCAAACAAAAAAAAUUUCUUAAUUCAUAUUCAAAAACAAAAAUUUAGUCAAUGUGGUGGAAAUGCGAAUAAUUUCGGAUCACUUGAAGAAUGUGAAGGAUUCUGUGUUGAUACUCAAUGUCCAAACGGUCAAGCUCAUCGUGUUGGAGCUGUAAAUGCAAACUGUGCUCUCGCCUCAGCUGACACUUGCCCAAGCCAACAUUUCUGUCAACUUCCACUUUUUGGACCAAAUCCAAUUUGUUGCCCAACUCCAGAAUUAACCUGUAAUGAGAUGGUUUCUGCAGGAACACCAUGUUUUGGAAGAAGUCUUACAAUUCAACGAUACUAUUUCAAUCCUUCAACACAGUGAGUUAUUUUUUUUGUUGGAUUUUUUGAAUUCGAGUUAAAAUCUUUUCAGAAAAUGUCAACAUUUCCAUUAUUAUGGUUGUAAUGGUAAUGGUAACAAUUUUGAAACCUUUGAUCAAUGUCAAAACUUCUGCUUGCAUUCUGCAGAUAAUGGUAAUAUUUUGUAAUUUUUCAUCGAAAAAAACAUUUUUUUUCAGUUUGCGAUGGCUUGGCUCCUUUGAAAAAUCCAAAUCAGGAAAUUCAAAGAUGUAGUGAAGACGAUCCCUGCCCAGCUGGCUACGAAUGUAACGAAGCGUCAUUCUGUUGCCCAACUUCUGAAAAUUCCUGUAAUGCAAAAAUGUCAAGAGGAAAUGGAUGUAAGGGAUCAACCCAGAGAAGCAUGUGGUUCUUUGAUAAAUCCAAGAAAAAAUGCUCACAAUUUGUUUUCAAUGGAUGUGGGGGAACUGCAAAUCGUUUCACAACCAAAAAUGCUUGCAUUGAAUCGUGUGUUCAAUCGAGUACCUAUGGAUUGUGCCCAAGAGGAAUGUCACCAUUUACUGAAGAAGGAGAGAUUACUCCAAAAACUUGCACAUUGAAUGUUCGAGCAACUUGUCCGAGUGGAUCUUCGUGUGUUAAAUCAUCAACCAAUCAACCAAUUUGUUGUAAAGCUGUCACUUCUUGCCCAGGAAAUCGUAUUCCAUAUAACAUUCCUGGCUCAAAUUCUGUUGUUGCUUGCAGUAUUGAACGAGAUGAUUGUCCAGAAGAUUUCCAAUGUCUCGAAUCAGCAACAGUUCCUGGAUUCCACAUGUGUUGCUCUGAACCACAGCCAUCUUCUCAAAGACCAAUUCGUCCGAUUGCUCCAUCUCCACCACAACCAGCUCCAAGAACUAGAAAACCAUACGAACCAGAUUCAUUCGCUGAACUUCUCUCUAAUAUCUCACCGUGUCCACCAACACUUUUGGGAAAUGGUCAAACAUGCACUGUGAAUUCAGUUGGAGAUUGUCCGAAAAAUCAUUUAUGUUUCAAAGAUACCGGAUUCAAACAAGGAACGUGUUGUAGAACAACCCCACCAAAAUGCAGCCAAAAAGGAUAUGUUCCAGUGUUUUUGGAGAAGACUCAAGUUCAAAUUUGUUCUGGAGAAACUGAUGGAUGUCCAGAUGACUCAAAAUGUAUGACUUCAAGCGUUGCGAAACUAGCCAUUUGUUGUCAAAAAUAUCAACCACCUUCACCAGCAAACCGUCCAGUGAAUAAUAACAAGAUCAAUCAAGGAUCAUCAGGAAAGAAUACCAACAUCAACAACGCAGUCUGUGCAAAUGGAGAAACCCCAUUCCGCGGAUUAGAUAGCAAAUUCCAAGAAUGCAACUUUGUUCACAACACUUGUCCAACUGGUUAUCAAUGUGAAUUCUCAUCGACAGGUCAAGCGGUUUGUUGUACCAACUCAAAUUUGAUUCGUUGUCCAGCUGGUUCCUCCGUUUUUGAAUAUGGUGGAAGACCUCUCGCGUGUCCCGCUGGAAGUAACAAAUGUCCACAAGGAUAUUUAUGUAUGCCAUCAACGAAUCCACAACAUCAUCUCUGCUGCUCGUCAUCUGGAAGUAUGGCCUUCUCGCAACCACAAUGUCUUCGUGGAGUUGCAUACGUUGAUCCAGGUAUGUCCCUCCGAAUAAAAAAUUUUUUAUAACAAUACAUUAUUUUUUUAGUCUCCAACCAACGCCAAGUCUGUUCACCAAUGCGUGGCGAUUGUCCAGCCGGCUACACUUGCUUCGAAUCCGAUGUUCCAUCAAAAUUCAUCUGUUGCACACAUGGUGAUCUCAGCGAUCGAUUCCAAGGAUACUGCCCACCAAGACAAAUUCCAUACAUUUCAAGAGAUGGCUUCCCACCAACUUGUCAUAUGCAAUUGUCACCGUGUCCAACAACUGCACCAUACGUCUGUAUUUAUUCACCAGAAAAACAAGAUUCCUAUUGUUGCGCCCCAAUUGACACUGCAGUUCACGUGGUUUCUCCAAGCGGAUAUGCUUCACCAGCAAGAAAAAUUGAUAACGAACCAGUUGAAGAUAAACAAUCACCUAUGUUUGGAAUGACACAAACAUUCCCUGGAGGACAACCAAUGGUAAAUGCUGGACAAAUUGCUGUGCCAGAUCCGAUUCCAGGUGUGGAUAACACAAGAAUUUUGCCGCCAUCUUUAGCGCAAGCGGAAAUGGAAAAGAAAAUCAGGGAACAAUUUGCUAAUGUAAAUAACAACAACAACAACAACAACAAUAAUUUCAAUAUUGGAAAUGGAGCUGGUUUCGGAAUGGGAAUGCAAAACGGAAAUUCGGAUUCAAAAAGUGGCUGCCCAUUGGGAUCUCGGCCAUUGAUUGGAUUCAAUCAACAAAUUACUGAAUGCUCUCAACAACCAUGUCCAGAUGGAUUCUCGUGUGUUUUUGCUGAAAAAGACAAUCGCUUCCAAUGCUGCUCAUCAGUCUCAAUUAUGCUUGCUGUCAAUAAACCUGUUAACAAACAAACUACACCAGUUCCAGAAGGAGGACAAUUAGAUUGCCCACCUGGAUUCUUUAUGAUGGAUGGAAAAUGUUUGAAGAGUGAGUUUUUAGAAUUUAUACUUUUCUUUUAUACAAUUUUUUUCAGUUCUCUUUGCUGGACAGAAAGGUUGCAUUUCCGAUGAUCAAUGCAGCAAUCGUGAAGCUAAUGCAACUUGCGAUAAUGGUUACUGUAUCUGCCCAACUUCAAAACCUCUUGUUCACGGUGGAAAAUGUAUUUCAAAUUGCCCUGAAGGAUUCUCGAACAUUGCUGGAAGAUGUUAUGAUCCAACAACUGUUAUUUUCAUGGAUUCUGUAGAUGAGCGUAAAAAUGGAACAAUUGGUGGAUAUUGUUUAGAAACACUUGUUGAAGAGAAACGUUGUUUGGUUGAGAACAGUUAUUGUUCGGAGAAAACAAUUACUUGCACAUGUCAACUUGGAUAUGAAUUAGAUAUGGACUUCUCGAAUAAGGAUGAUAAUGGAAAAUGUAAGAAGAAUAGCGACUCGAAAUAUCACGAUUUGAAGACAACAACCGCUUCACCAUUUGAUGAUGAAUUAUAUUUCAUUGAUAUUAGUAAGUGUUUUUUCUUUUUUUUAAGUUAUUCUGAAUCCAUAUAAAUUUCCAACAACAACACUUUUAUAGGCUCAAUGGCGACCGACAAUGCAAUGAACGAUACCGGAGUAGAGAGUGAAGAUUUGAACAAAUACUUGUUCCAAUCUGACGAAAUGAUCCCUGUAUUUGCUUAA